CAGCUAUAUAAGAAACUAAAUCCAGACUUGAUUUUAUGUCAGUGCUUAACAGCAACUACUUGCGAUACCAUCGCCGGUUUUGCGUUCCUCUUCUGUUCCCUGCCAUCUUGUAUUUAAGAAGCAAAACAAAGAUGAAAUUCGUCUUGGGCUUAAUCUUUAUGGCGUCAGCCCUGGUAGCCAUCUCGCCUCAACAAUUUCAUCAGCAAAGAUCAGGACAACAAUGGUUGUCCCAGUAUCACCAACUACCAAGAACGUUCUUGUAUAAUCAACGCCAACCAGCAGCAUCUCAUUACUACGAUCCUGUUGAUGCGAACAUCCCGUACUUCCGCUAUUCAAGGCCUAACAUUCAAUCCGCUCUCAUUUUCAAUCCACAGAAUGAAGAGGGAAGCUACGAAGGUGCAUUCAGGGGAAGCCCUCAGUAUUACAUCGACAAUAAGCAAACUGUUGAGCAGAAGAACCAGGACUCGAUGCUUAAGCAGGUGGGCCAGGAUAACGAAGAGAAAAAGGCGUUUACGGUCUUCCCUUACGUGAGACCUAUCGCACCCUCCGCCGUUUAUUCACAGGCUGAUGGAGACGAGUCGAUCAUAGAAAUGUUUACCAACCAAAAUUUAUUCGUGGAUGGUCCGAGUAAAGUUGGUUAUUCGCACCCCAAAUUGAGCUUUCAAAAUGAAGAUGAUAAAUUGGGAAAAAUAAUUCCUGUGGUGGCUCAGCAACAAAUGACCAACCAAAAUCAAAUGGCUAACGUCAAACCAAGAAUCAAGAAUUUCGGGUUUUAUCAAGGUUUGGCCGCUGGCAAUCAACAACAAAAUGCCCGUUUUUUUUACCUCGAUGGCUCCAAUUUGCUGUCGAAAACCCUGACCGUUAAAGUUACUUCAACAUGCACAACCAUCAGUAUCGUGUCGUGCAUUCAGAUUACUAAUCUUGAUCCAAGCGACCCACCUGUACCUUGCCGUCGUAAGCGUAGCCCUGAAGUCGAUCACGCCCUCGAAGAAGACGAGAGCCAAUUUCCAAUUAAUCCUUCAAAGGUGGAAAUUGUAACACCCACGGUGGAGCCUUCGUCGAUCCUACCACAUGAUCCGAUCCAGACUCCGCCAGUAGAAAUGACCUCAUCGAAAGAAGAGACAAUCAACAACGAUGAAUCCAACAGCCUAGUGACAUACAUGGCAAAGCAGCAGAGGGAAGGAAAAGCUUUCAAGUUUAAUAUACAGAACUUCUUGACGUACACAACAGUGACCAUCCUUGGGUCGAUCGUCACGAGCACCCUCACACAAACGUUUGUUCCUGCAGCAGCACUUGCUUGUUUACCUGCUGGUUACGUUCUGUGUCCCUUGUCCUAGUGCAAUCCUUCGAUUACCGACAGCCAGUGGUGUUCGAGGGCAUCUGUUCGAGACCAUCACAAGCAGGAACUUGUGUGGCUUUUAAGCAAACCUUUUACUAUAGAUUUUAUCUAAAUGGCAAUUGUAUGCCAUGAACGUAGAUGUAGAGCAAACGAUAAUAGCCAUCUGUAUAUUUCAAAGCUAGAAAUAGAAAUAUACAACUCCAGCUGUGAA